UUCUCAUCUGAAACUCAGACCCCUCUUGGCUCUGCUGGCCCCACCCACAAGGCAUGCUCUAUAUAUCCAGUCGCCAGGACUGGGGAGACCAGCUGCCCCUGAAUCCCAGGACAACCGGCUGGAUCUGUUCUCACAGCAGACAGAGCACAGAGACUGGCAAACAUGAUUCCAACACAGCGGGAUUCCCAGCUUUGCCUCCUUCUCCUGCUGGGGCUCUUGGGGAUGGUAAUCUCCUUCCAUGGAGCACCCGGUAAUCACCCGACUCAGUGGUUUUAUACUCAACACAUAAAUAUGACCAACCCUCAAUGCAACAUCGCAAUGCAGCCGAUUAACUAUCUUUAUUUUGGUGUUCAUAAGAAAUGCAAACCCAUAAAUACUUUUCUCCAUACAACGUAUGCUACUGUAGCUAAUCUUUGUAUGACCCGAAAUGUAACCUGCCCUAGAAGUCACUAUACAAAUUGUCAUAAUAGCUCAAUUAAAGUGCCUAUAACGUACUGCAAUCUCACAAAUCCCUCACAAACUUACAUGAAUUGCGGAUAAGAACACGUAGCAUGGAAGAUCUACAUUGUUGCCUGCAACUACAGAACUCCAGGAGACAAUACUACAUACUGGGUGGUUCCGGUUCACUUGGAUUCGCUCUUCUAAGCUCUGAGUCAGCGCUUUGUGCCAAGCUGUUGUGCCAAGCCCCACAGUCACAGCCAAGGUCACAUCCUACUGUGUACCUUGGAUGUCAGCAUCAAUCCUCAUCACCAGCCCCCAACCCCCUUUAAACUUUGCUGAGCUGAAGCUCCUGUGCUCCUGCAAUAAACUUCUUUGCAGAAUCACC